AUGGGUAAUGGAACUGGCCAGCGGCCCUUGUCCGAAGUGAGCCCCAUGGCCCAAAGACGCAACUCACCGAGCUGGAAUCAGAGUACAAAAAAGAUGGCUGGCGAAUCGUCACCGUUUGAUGCUUCCCCCUACACUGCCUCAUCUUCCCCGCGUCUUUUCUGGCAGGGACGUGAUUCCGGCUCGCCUUUCCAGAAGAGCUCCGAAACCAAGACUCCUUAUGACCCAGAGGCUGCUUAUUCCCCCACUAAGCGUGCGUCGCUGGAGAACCUCAAACGCGUUUCCCGUGUGAAAAAUAGCCAUAUCUUCGCUCGCGAACAAAGUCAGGAAUACGACCCGGCACACAUCAACGUUCUCCACAGGCCAUUGGCAACAGGCCGGCCCUUCCACAAUGCUACAGAAUCCAGGGAAACAGUUGUUGAGCAAGAGAAAACUGCCCAGGAACCAACCAAUGCUGCUUCCGCGGGCAGUGCCAUGCCAAGACCCCCAUCGCCUAGUAAGGAUCAGGUGUCUCCUGCAAAAUCUUCGUUGUCCAAGGCUAGCCGAUUCGGCCCGAAGGGUGCUGGAUUCGACCCGGAGUGCGAGAUCUGGUCUGACAUGGACGGCCGCUAUCGCCACGCCAAGAGUGUCACCUUCGAUGCGGCCCCUCCUCAGGUGAACGAGUAUGAAAUGACCACUCCGGAUCCGUCUUCGAUUGCCUCGGAAUCCCGUGAAGGUAGCUAUGAUUCCGAAGAGGAUGAAGGUGACAUCAGCUUUGAUCGGGACUCCUUGAUCGAUCGUGAUGACAGUUUUGAUGCCUCCCUGGAAGACAUCGAGAAGACCCCUGUUGUGUUGCCAGAGGAUUGGCGCUUCAUGAACCCUAGCCAUGCCAAUGAUGAACUGGUCCACGGAGAGGAAGACCCCUUCACGGAAGAGGAGGAGGAGGAGGAGGAGGAUGAGGAGGAGGACGACGUUCAUACUCCUGAUGGCCGAUCCUGCUCUCCUCCUGGCCCUAUCAUGCAGCACUCUCGUGUAGAGUCUCUCGAUUCGAACGGUGAGCGUCGCCCUCUGCCGCCACUUCCAUCAUCCAACAAUCGUCCUCUGUUCACCGGUCGUUCAAGCUCGCCAGGAAAACUCUCCGCAGCAUUUGAGCUGGGCAGCAAUAACAGCCAGCGGAAUCUGCCCACUGCUCCAGCCCCAUCCGCGUUUAGCAAGGCCGAUAUCAGCGAAUUGACCCAAGCAUCCAUGUCUCUGGAAGAACGCCUGCGUCUGAUGAUGCUCCAGGAGCGCCAGGACCUGGAUCAGAUCUCAGAAAGUGGAGAGCAGCGCACCGAUCAAAUUGCCAACGAACCAGAUGUGGCCCAAAACCCGGAGCAGGAAAAUGAAGAAGAACAAUCUAAGCCUACGAUUGACGACGACAAGCUGGAAGACAUUCUUUCCCCUCCGCGAAUCUCCAGAGACUCAAUUUUGCGGGAUCUCCGUAAAAACGACAGCUACAUGGACGACCUUUAUGAUUAUUCCCAACUCGAAUCAAGCCCGCACCAUGACAUGCAUUAUGACCCUGAUGUUCCAAUCCCAUCGCUGGAACUAGAUGAUGACUACGAUAUGGAAAACAGUGUUAUUAUUAAAGAAGAGGAGCACGAUGAAAAUCUCUAUGGUAUUCCCGAUUAUUAUGAUGACCAUUCUGAAAAAGGCUCCAUCCAGGAGAACGAUUCCAAAACUAUUGAUGAUUAUGAAAGCGAAUACUCUCGCGACUCGAAGCAGGACUUGCAUGCCCUUAGCAGGGACUCCAAUGGUUCCAGUGAUAGCCAGGCCACUCCUGUCCCUGAAGAACAUCCCACAACGGACAACGAGGCUCCAUCCGGCGUUGAAUCUCACGAUGAUGAAGGUGCCUUGAAGAUUGCCCCGCUGAACAUGAAUGCCAUCCGCGAAUCCCUCCAACGUCCAGUCACCCCCGAAGAUAAGGGUGGGAACGUCUGUCAGGACGAGCCGUCGACUCCCGAAUCGGUCAUCCGUCAUUCCCUUGACAAAAGUGACUAUUCUGAGGAGGAGGGAGAAGAGGAGGAGAAGGCGGAAUGCGUUCCUGAUCCGGUUGCUACUGUCAAGGCUCCCGGUGGAGCAUUGAAAACACGCCCCUCGUUGACCCCUGCUGACAUCGAGACAAUGGCAGCCAAUCGCCGCAAGGUCAGCGGCCAGCUGCCGCCGAUGCCCCUUCUAAACAAGCAUUUGUCAAAUGAAUCAUCGGAUGCUUCCGUGGACGACGAUGAAUCAGCCAAGGAAUCGGAAGACAGCGCGCAGCCGCUCCCAACCCUCGCCGCCCCGGCACGUGAUACUACCCAGCGCCAAAGCAGCUUGGUCAAAUUGGAUAUCCCAUUCAGCAUCCAGGAGGAAAGCCUCGGCUUUGGCCUGGAUAAGGAAUUUGACCGUGUCAUUGAGGCCCAAAAGGUGGCGUUUGAACUUUCCCUUUCCCAAUAUCGAAAUCGGCUUUCUAUCCCAGCCAUUCCCCAUUCCCAGGACUCCCAGAUUGGUGUCAGGGAUAGUGCUUUUCCCAGCACUGGACAAUCUAACACUGAUGCAUAUGCUAACGUUUUACUCCGGAGACAGAGAGGCUAUCUGAUGAGACACAACACCAAGGUCAUCAUCGCUAGCAGCCAUACCGAUGACGAACCCGCUCCUUCUGGCGAGAAUUCGGGCGAUGCUCGCGGUGGCAGGUCAGCAGGUUCCCCGUCCCGUAAGGUAAGCCAGCAGACCUGGACCACAGUGCCGUGGAAUGGUCAGAGACGUCGGUCCAGCAUCAAAAUGGGUCCCGGUAUGCCCAAGAAGAAGCCAGUUUCCGGCGCAGUACCGCCCGUCCCCGGUCUACCCAGUAAUGUGCAGGAGCCUGCCGCGCCUCUAGAGGAGCCUGAGCCUCCCCUUACCGAGACAUUCGAAGAUGGGGAGGAGAGAGGCCGCCUCUUUGUCAAGGUUGUCGGUCUCAAGUACCUCGAUCUACCCAUGCCCAAGGGUGAGCGAUCCUACUUUGCUCUGACCUUGGACAAUGGUCUUCACUGCGUCACCACGUCCUGGUUGGAGCUCGGGAAGUCAGCCCCGAUCGGACAGGAAUUCGAGCUUAUCGUGCAAAAUGAUCUUGAAUUCCAGUUGACUUUGCAAAUGAAGAUUGAUGAAUCCAAGUUCCGAACUCCAGAAACUGUGACAUCUUCACCGACCCGUCAGAAGGCGUCCCCCUUCAGUCGCGUCUUCGCUUCCCCUAAGCGACGCAAAGAACUUGACCUCAAAAACCAAGUCUCCCAAAACAAACCUAAAGACGUCAACAGCGACGUCUGGGAUAGAUUGAGGAACCUGGUCGCGCGUGACGGUAGCUUUGCCCGUGCUUACAUCUCCCUCAGCGACCAUGAGAAACAUGCGCUUGGUCGGCCGUACACGGUUGAUAUCUCAUGUUUCAAUGAGUGGGCCGUGGAAGACCAACCAAGCAGUGUUAAGAGCAAGAAGAGCACCUCUAGCAUGGCUUCCCAGAGAAGACCUCCCUACAAGAUCGGUAAAUUGGAGCUGCAGUUGUUGUUCGUUCCCAAGCCCAAGGGUGCCAAGGAAGACGAUAUGCCCAAGAGUAUGAACGCCUGCAUCCGUGAGAUGCGUGAGGCAGAGAACGUUGCGACUCGCAGCUGGGAGGGCUUCUUGUCCCAACAAGGUGGUGAUUGUCCUUUCUGGCGCCGCCGAUUCUUCAAGCUCCAAGGCUCGAAAUUGACUGCCUAUCAUGAAACGACGCGUCAGCCACGUGCAACAAUCAAUUUGGCAAAGGCGGCUAAACUGAUUGAUGACAAGUCCACCCUCACUCAGAAAGAAACGACGACACGGGGCGGAGGCAGAAGAAAGUCUGCGUUCGCCGAAGAAGAAGAGGGCUACAUGUUCGUCGAGGAGGGUUUCCGUAUCCGCUUCGGAAAUGGAGAGGUGAUUGAUUUCUACGCUGACAACGCUGCCGAUAAGGAGGGCUGGAUGAAAGUGCUGGGUGAUGCAGUGGGCAAAUCUUCCGUUGGCAACGGUCAGAUCAAGCCGUGGACUGAGUUGGUCCUUAAGCAUGAGCGUGCCCUCAAGUCUCAACGCGAAGCUGCUGAUCGACUCAUGGGAGGCAAUAACAGCGCAUCCUCUGCGCCUCCUGCAAGAAAAGAGGCUGCUCCCCCUACCUCCUCCACGACUACAACGGCGCAGGCGCCCCAGUCCCCUCGGGCGAGACAUAAGCAUACCUAUUCUCAGCCCGAAAUUCGCAGUCCCGAAGUUCGACGACAGAAGGCUCGCUCUCUCAUCUUCUAA